UAUCCAUUGAUGCUGAAGACAUAACAGAAAGCAAUAUUUCUGGUUAUUUUCGCUAGAAAACUCAACUGGGGAUCUUUAAAAAUCUUCAGCAGAGAAAUAUGGAUUAGAGAAAGUGGUGGAGAAGGUCAAAUAAGAUCCUAUAUUGACAGCCAAGUCUCCAAAGAAGAAAAGAAUACCUGUCUUCCCCCAUAAGGCACUUGAGUUCCAAACCAAGUAUCACAUGCAAAGUAUUUUUGAUAUUGCUUGCCCUCCUCGGAAUAACAGUCCAUGACAAACCUUAAGGAACUUUCCCUUCCAUGUUUCUUCUAUAUAUUUCAAAAAGCACCUGUAUGUGGCCAAUGGAUGACACGGCACCAUACUCAUAGAAGGGAAGCCUAAGAGCAGAAUUUGUACUCUAAUGGAGAAUUUUUUUAAUCAAAUGAGGGUGAAAACUUCUGGUGCAGAAGAGAGCAAAGCUGGUCUUGGUAGCCCCAGGGAUCAGAAAAUACCAAUACAAAAAACUCGACCUUUCAAAGGAGAGAAGAAACAGGGUGGCCAGAAUUGGUUCCAGAAACAGUUUGCAAGGAGGAGUGGGGAUCAUGACUCCAGAGACAUGGACCAUGCUGCCGCAGUAGCUGCUGCUGCAUUUGCAAUUAAUUUGCAAGAUGUUUCUGAGCAGAAGAGUGAGACUCUGAAGGCCUCAUUGACAAAGACCAAAAGCAAGGUGGAUGGCACAAAACCUCAAAUUCCCCUACUUAGUAGUGCAUCGAAGCGAUUGUCAGGUUCAUUUAGAUCUAAGGAUGACAAAGGUAAGAAGGUGCCAAAGUCCUUAGUCACAGAUGAGAAGAAGCCAGAAGAGGCCAUUACCCCUUCCCCAUCAAUGAAAAAGACUUCAACUUUCACUAAUGAAAAGCCUGAGACUACAAUGCCUGACCCUGUAAGACAACCAAUUGUUACCGAAAGGCACACAAAAGCAAAUGAAUGGGAGAAAGCCGAGCUUGAAGAUAUAAGACAAAGGUACGAUGACUUGAGAGAGGUAAUAGAUUCAUGGCAAAACAAGAAGAAGAUGAAAGCCAGACGCAAGCUAAAUAAGGAAGAGAGAGGACUUGCGCAAAGAAGGAUGAAAGCUUCAGAGGAUUUUCAGAAUAAGAUUACGGCUAUAGAUAAGAUUGCAGAGGGAGCAAGAACCAAGGCAGAAGAAAGCCGAAAGAAUGAAGAACUAAAAGCUAAAGAGAAGGCAAAUGUAAUUCGAACAACAGGCAAGCUGCCAGGGAUUUGCUUUUGCUUCUGAGAUCACUAUGUAGCAUCACAGAGGCUGGGGAACAAACAGAGAUCUAAAUUUAUGUUUCUUGGUUCUAUCUAUAUAUAAAUCGUAGUCCUGGCACCUUCCUAUAAAAAUUGGAAAAAGAAAAACUGAAAAGUUGAAUUGAUACACAAGCUACUUGUGUAAAUUAGCUGCAGUUUUUCUUGCUUUAGAAUUUAGUUUUGGUAAAAGAUUAUACAUAUUACCACCAUAGUUUGAGUGUUAACUUCAUUUUCAGGAAAUGACAAAUUAUUAACCAAUAAAAUGAUUUAUCAUGUUAUGAAACUACAGGGUUUAAUUGUUUAAUCAAGCUA